UCAGCCCCUCCUCCCUUCCCCCUAACUUCCUUUGGCUUAUCGUGUCCGCGCUCUCGCCGCUUUUUAAUGGCUUGCUGGAAGCUGAAAUCUUGUCCUAGUCCCAAAUCCGGUUAAAUAACAAACAUUAUUCUCCCAGCAACACGUUAAUGGCAGCGUGUCGCAUGAAAUGAGCGUCACCCAGCGCCGUGUCAUGUAUAUAUUGUGAGCGCGAGCGCUAUCCGUUAGAUUGUUGUUAUUGUUGUUGUUGUUAGCUAGCAGCCAGGUUGCUAACUCGGCUAGCUAAUAAUGGAUUCCUGCCUCCCCAGUUAGGGUUUAUAAACGUUUACCUUGUUUAUUUUGUUCUGAAGCGUUGUUGUUUAUUGAGUAAAGUCAAAGCGAGCUCUUUAGGGGGUUUAUUUUGGCUCAGGAUGAGUAGGAAACAUCACCAUUACAAAGGAGCUGAAGUGAGCUGCUGCGUCAAAUAUUUCCUCUUCGGCUUUAACAUUAUAUUUUGGUUGCUGGGAGCGGCGUUCCUGGCAAUCGGACUCUGGGCAUGGGCUGAAAAGGGUGUGCUGGCGAACCUGUCGUCUAUCACUGAUCUGGGCGGCUUUGACCCCGUGUGGCUCUUCAUCGUAGUCGGAGGGGUGAUGUUCGUACUUGGCUUCGCCGGCUGCAUCGGCGCUCUGAGAGAAAACACCUUCCUGCUCAAAUUUUUCUCCGUGUUCUUAGGCCUGAUCUUCUUCCUGGAACUCACGGCUGGAAUCCUGGCUUUCGUGUUUAAAGACUGGAUCAAAGACCAGCUGAACUUCUUCAUCAACAACAACGUCAAAGCGUACAGGGACGACAUCGACCUGCAGAACCUCAUCGAUUUCGCCCAGGAAUACUGGUUUUGCUGCGGUGCCCAUGGACCGGACGACUGGAACCAGAACAUCUACUUCAACUGCACAGAGCUUAACCCGAGCCGAGAGCGCUGUGGAGUUCCCUUCUCCUGCUGCGUCAAAGAUCCGGCUGAAGAUGUUCUGAACACCCAGUGCGGAUACGACGUGCGGCUUCAAGCUGAGCUUGAUCGACAGCGGUACAUCUACACAAAGGGGUGUGUGGGGCAGUUUGAGAAGUGGCUGCAGGACAAUCUGAUCGUCGUGGCUGGCAUCUUCGUCGGUAUUGCACUACUACAAAUCUUCGGCAUCUGCCUCGCCCAGAAUCUGGUGAGUGACAUCAAAGCGGUCAAAGCCAACUGGUGACGCACGGUGACCGAGAGGUGAAGCCCAGUGACCUCUGUGUUUUAUUUUCAUUUUAAAACACCUUGGAGCGGAGAUUCACGUUCUCCUGGAUCUUUACACGCACACUGACAUUCCAGAUGAACCGACUCUCCUCGUUUCUUUAUUUUAAUUACUAAUGUGAGAAUGCUGUCAAAAACAAACAAACAAAAUACAAACAAACAAAAAACACAGGGAGGCGGAGCCUCUCUCUAUAAAAACGUGGGCUCAUGUGCUUUUCUUCAGCCUGUGGAAGCUUUCUGGCUCAUAUGCACUUGCAGAGAGAGACGGAUCUGUACAAAGCCUUAUUACGAGUUUCCCGCUCUUUUCGUUCCGGAUUUAAACGUCCUCCACAGAGACAUUCAAGACGACACGUUUCUCUCAUCCACCGCGGUCAAACGGACGGAGGACGUUUCGUAUAUCCACGUGAUGUCGCUCGACGGGAUUCCUCGUAAAUAUCCAGCUUCCGAGUCUCUUUAAAAAAAAUAAAUAAACAUUUUUUUUUUGUAUGUAAUUUUUUUUGUUCAGCUAUAAUAUAAAUAGUGAUAUGCUAACGUUAAACAGAUCCUGUUACAAUAUGAACAAUGCUGCUUUAACUCGUAGAGGAUUAUAGAGUAUACGCUAUACUAACCAAGAAAUAUUCUUCAUUUUAUACCAAGAGGGAGAUUCCACUGUUCAGUUCAGCUCAAGAGCCAACCACUAUGACAGCCUUCACCUCCAUCAUUUCUGUCUGUCCUUCUUCCUGCUGCCUGCCCUGCUUCUAUACGCACAACCGUACAUCCUUCCAUAGAAACACGUGCACACAAUUUGUCCAUCUUUAGUAAAGUCACUUCAGUACACUUCAAAAUUCCCGACAGGAAAUUUCUCUAGCACUCGUUUUCUUAGUACUCGUACACAUCUGUUUAAAAAGGCCGACGCUCAUGCACAGCAUAGCUGGUUAACAAUUAACCCCGCCCGUAAAACCCCAUAAAAGGAAAGUUCGGCGACUAAACGGUAAAAGAGCUCUUACAAAAACACCGCACAAUAACGCAGCACCUCCAGUGCAACACCUCAGCUACUAUAGACGCCUCCGACCUUUUAUGGGGUGUCGUUACUUUUGUUCACGUCAUUACUCUGGAAUGACCAGGUUUUCAAAGGGAUAUGAAAAAAUAUUUCCAGGAAGAAUUUUUGCAAACCUUAACCUUCCUUUGAAGAGUAAUGGACGCUAAUAGCCACCGGUUUAGCAUUGUCUGAAUCAUCACACACUCACGUAGUAGCCCAAGGUGCGGCCUGAAACCACGUACAGCUUUUAGUUUCUUACAAUUCCAAAAGAAACUAACCAGCAAUUCCACCCCUUCAUGACAUGGAGAUAACUAUGAGCUGCUGUCGAGAAUGAUUUGCUUAUUACAGGUUUAAUAAACACCUCACGUAAUUAACAGUUUACUAACGUUCUCGCUGCUAGCUAUAAAAGAAACCUACAUUACCUCCGUCUUGGUCAGGCUCGGGUUAGGGGCGUGGCCCGAGAUUUGAAGCGUGCCAGGGAUUACGGCUUCCCUACUUGGUGGAAAAGUGUUAUAGGUGCCAACAUGUAGGAUUGUUGAUGAGGCAACGCAGGAGAGAUCGUCGGUUGUAGCUAACGUGUUCACAGGGAUUUAUAAAGGUGUAUUUGUCUCCUGCGUUGGGAAGCGACAGAACAUUAUCCUGUUGUUCGGAAACGGAGGUGGGAGGGGCUUACUGGUUCUCCAUUGUCACUCACAGCGACAGUAGCCAAUCGUAGGCAUUUGUACAUGCGUGUAUGCGGAAGAUGGCUGAGUGCCUUACCGUGCCCCUCCCCCACUUAAACAAACAGCAGUGUUGGAAAUACAAAUAUAAAAACAUAUUUUUCAGUAAUCAAUAAUACACAUUUAUAUAUUUAAAUAUAUAGGUUUGAUUCUUAUACAGUAGCAAUGUUGGUGCGUCUAUAAGUAUUCGUAAGGACAGAUUAUAAGUGCUGUUAAACCUGUAAUAAGCAUACGGACGUCUCACAUGCCGAGCGCUAGGAGGCGAACCUGGGAUGAUUUAAACCAGAGGCUUGUGUUAGUAUUUAUUAUGGUAUCUAGGGACCAUGUAUACACACACACACACACACACACACACAGCUCAGGCAUUUACGAACACAAUCGAGGUCUAAAGUCGUCAUACAUCAGGGAAAAGUGUGUCAUAGGACUUUUGGUAAACAUAGCUGCAUGUUGCUGGUGUUGGUGAGAGAGGUGAAUAUUGUGCAUGCUCUUUUUAUUAUUAUAUUAUUAUAAUUAUACAUUUUUUUGUUUUGUUUUAAAAACUACUCGUUUUGAGAGCGUGGCGUUCGCCACAGUUCAAGUUCUCAGCGCUCCCGUCUGAGGGACAGAUGUUUAUGCACACGCAAAGCCAACGCCAUUAUUCAGACCCGUGUUCACGUUUCUUUUCUUUGUUAAAGCGGAGCGGCCGUUCUCAUUCUCAUUCUCGCUCUCUGUGGCGUCACAUCAUGCCAUCCCAUCGCAUAUGUACCGCGUUUAAUAAUCAUCACAUUUGUAACGUCUUAGUGCAUAGAGCUUUAGAUGGGUGACUGGUCUAAGCUCCAUUCAUACUUUCCAUAAGUAAGUGCCCCCCUUUACACACAUUCUGUUCUAUUAGAUUUAACAUGCUGGGCACAUGAGAGGAUCAGAUGUUGAUCUUUUACACAGUGUUUUCUUCACACAGAGUGUUUAUUUUACGUUUUGUCUUUUUACGAUUUCAAUCCAUUCAGCUUGAAAAGGGGGAAAAAUAAACAUAUAUAUAAAUUCCACAUAUUAAAUAGGACGAAAUAAAACAGAUGAACUUGUAUAAGAGUGAAAGAGCUGUGAUUUAUUGUAUAUAUUAUAUAAAGAGCAAACAGUGACAGACUAGCAGACAUCAGGAUAGAUGAAAGCCGCAGCUUUACUUCUGACUGUUUGAUGUCCACGUGUUACUAUAGAAACGGUGAAGUAUUAGGAAUGACUGCUGCAAUCUGUUCCCUUUGACCAAUCAGAACACAGAAUUGAACAGAACUCAACCGCCUCCUGGAGGAAAAUCCGAUACUACACAGAGCAAGCCGUGGAUAGAAACAGGAACCUCUCACUAAGCAACAGUCCUUAACUUUCAUGAACAGGUCAUAAAACAACACUCUGAAAACAUCAUUUAAAGCACUUCUACACAGAUAAAGAUAAACAUUUGCAUUUCUUGUAUCCAGACAGCAGCCUCGUGGCUUCACGGCUCAGUCUACAGGAAUCUAGGGCUCUAGUUUGGCUUUCUAGACCAGGUUUAGACUUUUUAUCCAGAACGAUCCGCAAGACCUUUUAAAGCAGGUUCAAAACAGCGCUGUUAAAUUUAAAAACGAAAUCAAACGUGCUUUCAUUACUUUUGUUUAUGCGUCUUGUUUAUAUGCUCAUUCUGAAUAUUUUUCUUUUCUAUCGCUUAACAUUAAGCUAAGGACACAACGCUAACGACUCCCUGGUUAGCUUGCGGUCUUCGAUAGCCAUGUUAGCGGAUUUGAUUCAGCUACGUUUCAUAGUGCGUACGUCAAGACUAGUGAUGGGAAGUUCGGUCCUUUUCCGCAAACCGGUUCUUUCGAACAGUUUGUUUUAACGAACCAGUUCAAUAAUCCAGUUCACCAGUUCUUUUAUGUCAUGACGUCAUGACGUAAAUUCCUUCAUCCCGCCGCUGCCGGCAGAUGUUAAUACAAUCAAUUUAACACAUUCGAAAAGUUCUUUGUAAUCAUAACUUUAGUUGAAUACGUUUCUUACGUUUAAGUUUUGCAAAUAAAACAUGCAGUACAGGCAUCGAUGGAAUCGAUGCAAACAUGGAUGUUUUACGUGUCUUAAAGAUAUAAAGUUAACAAUCUAAUCUUCAUCGACUUUCAAAAACUUACAGUAAAAGCGUAAUUUUGAAAUGUUUCUUUCGCUCCAUCACUGUUUCAAAAACUAAUGUAACUGAGUUAAACACUCAUACGUACGUUGAUAAGACAUUAAAUCAUAACCACUUCUUUUUGUUGCUGUAUCAGUUCAGUGAUUCACGCAUGCGCAAUAACAACAGCUCAUCGGCUCUCAGUAUGUCGGACGCGUCUGAAACAAACAGUUCUCAGUUCAGUGUACUGAUGAUUCGCUGUAUCAGUUCAGUGAUUCACACAUGCGCAGUAUCAACAGCACAAGCUCACAGUUCUCUCAGCACAACAUGUCUCAGUUCAGUGUACAGGAGUUACAUAUAACUCCGGGAUAUUAGUUUGUUUAGAGUCGGACCGAUUGUCAGGCAUGACCGAGAGUGAGUAACUUUAGUAACUUGUGGAUCAGCGCUGAUUCAAGACGCAAACUGUUUAGAACGAAUCAGUGCAUCCAGUUCACUAAAAAGAACCGGCCAUCACUAGUCAAGACAGAAAGAGUCGACCUCUGCAUGUAGCAGCAGCAUUUACUGUCGAAGCGUCAACGUCUGCAGGAUCUCCAAAACCCUUUCACAAUCUGGCUUAAAGGAAUAGUUUGUUUUUGUGGGGGAAAUAAAUCAAAAUGGUGAUAUUAUUAUUAUUAUUAUUAUUAUUAUUAUUAUUAUUAUUAUUAUUAAUCCAAACUAUUCCUUUACAACUCAAAUCACGACAUGAUCAUCACUGAAACCGAGGAAGCUUCUGUCUCUUAGCAGUCUUCCAUUCAUCUGUAAAUUCAGGGCAGCACACAUUCAUCACGAGGCCGUGAUUUUGUCCCGUGAACUUUUCCACAUUGUGACGUUACAACCUGAAACAGGCUUUGUUCAGCGAUAAUAUGUGAAUCUACACAAAAUAGCUGACUUAUGAUGAUAUACAAGUAUCAGUACAGUUUACGGAAUUAUUUACAGCUUUUGAGUGUGUGUGUAAAGUUUGCUUAAAGGUUGCGUAACUACGUUGCUGUAAAAAUACUUCUGAUGGCAACUAAUUGAACAAGAGAAGAGUGCAAACACUUGUGCAGUGUGUUUUUUUUUUUUUUUUUUUUGCUUUGCAAACAGUUUCCGUUUAAAUAUUCUAACCUAUUGUGGUGUAAGAUUCACAACAUUUAUUCGCACCCAAAGCCUAUUUCAGUUGAACAACACGUGGAAAAGUUAAAUGGGGGGGCAAUAAUUAUGCACGACUUUCUUUGGAUUCUUACGUUAAAGCUCUUUAUACUAGCGUGUGUGCGAUGGCGCUAAUCCGAGAUGGUCAUGUAUGUCUUUUACAUAAAUCGUGUGAGGGAAGCUGUCUUGCUCUCGCUCUUAUCAAAGAAGAAGUAACUUCAUUGUUGAAAUGAACCGAUCCAUGUCUCUGGGUUGAGAAGAGAGGCACUUUUUUUUUUUUUUUUAAACAAAUGUCCGUUUAUUGACUUGAUUGUGGGACACGGUCUGUUACACUGUAUGUUAUAUAAAAUAUGCUCCUUUUUCAUAUUAUUCAAUAAAAGGAUUUAUGACCUUU